AGCGCUUGGGCUCAAGCUUCCACGGGUGGACGCAGGUCUGGAAGCAGGCGCGAGCGCCCUCCUGCCUCUGCAAGCCAGCCCCCCGCGCCGACACGAUGGGGUGCUGCAUGGCCUCCCGCCAGUCUUUUGACAUGGCCUCCCGCCAGUCUUUCGACCUGACGCGGUACACAGACGCCACGAGCCUCUUCGACGCUCUUGCGUUCACCGUGGAGGGCCUUCACCCAGUGCGCUUGGUCCGCAUGUCGUGGCUUUUGCAGCAGCGGGGCACGGUCCUGCAGAGGCGCCAGGAGCUGCCAGAGGAGGCGUUCGUGUCCGCCGGCGAGCUGCGGGCCAUUUGGGAAGCCAGCGGGCGAGGAGGAAUUGACAAGGUGGCGCCGAUCAUCACCAUCUCGUUCUGCUGGGACUCACGCGAGCAUCCCGACCCCAAUGGGGUGCAGCUGAGCUUGGUGAUAGACACCCUGGAGCAGGAACGCCACAAGUACUCCAGAGGAAAGGAUAACUUUGAAGGGUUCAGCGACAUGGGCGUCUUCUGGGACUGGCCCUCGCUGCUGCAGGGCGACCCCGACAAGGCCGAUGAGGCGAAGGCCGCCGCCCUGCGGCAAGGAAAAACCCAGAAGGACGCGCAGAAGGCCGCGGACGAGGCCAAGCGUACCCCCGCCGAGAAGGCCGCGUUCAAACAUGGGCUGCAGGAGACGAUGGACCUGUGGUACGCCCACCAAGCCACUACCGUCCUCCUGCUCACCCAGCACCCCCGCGAGCGAGGCAGCGAGCGCGAGUGUGGCUACGACCAGUCGGACUGGACAACGUACGAGCGUUGCUCCGCGGAGCAGAUCAAGAAGGUCUACCGUAAUCAGGCGAAGUGGGACGCCGUGGCCGACCUUGGGGGAGGGGCGGGGGUGACGAAGGCCGGGAGGAGGUGGCCGGUGGGCCCGGACGAGUUCGACCGGCUCAUCAAGGACAGGUCCUUCACCAACGGCGCGGACCGGGAGGCGGUGAAGGCGCUCUUCCGGCGGAUGAGCCGCGCGCAGCUGGGCGGCGUGACGAUUCUGGACUUCGACGGGAUGCCGCCCCCGACCGCCGCGCAGGUCGCGGGGCUCGCAGGCUGCCUGCGGCUGUGCGCCCGCCUGGAGAGACUGGACCUGAACAAUUGCAACAUCGGCCCCCCGGGCGCGCAGGCCCUGGCGAAGGCGCUGCCCUCCAUGCCCGGCCUGCAGGUGCUGCGCCUGGACACCAACGGCAUCGGCGGCAUCGGCGACGACGGCGCGCAGGCCCUGGCGAAGGCGCUGCCCUCCAUGCCCCGCCUGCAGCACCUGCACCUGGCCAGCAACGGCAUCGGCGACGACGGCGCGCAGGCCCUGGCGAAGGCGCUGCCCUCCAUGCCCGGCCUGCAGCACCUGCGCCUGGCCAGCAACGGCAUCGGCGACGACGGCGCGCAGGCCCUGGCGAAGACGCUGCCCUCCAUGCCCGGCCUGCGGGACCUGUGGCUGGCCAGCAACGGCAUCGGCGACGACGGCGCGCAGGCCCUGGCGAAGGCGCUGCCCUCCAUGCCCGGCCUGCAGGUGCUGGGCCUGGGCAACAACGGCAUCGGCGACGACGGCGCGCAGGCCCUGGCGAAGGCGCUGCCCUCCAUGCGCGGCCUGCAGGUGCUGCGCCUGGACAGCAACGGCAUCGGCGACGACGGCGCGCAGGCCCUGAAAUCCGCCUUGGGCGACAGAUGCUAUGUCUUGACCCUCUGAGCCAGGGGCGAGCCGCACAGGGCGCGGGUGAGAAACGGGAGGGCGCGCGGGAAGGGGAGGACCCAAACGCGACAAGGAGGACCCAAACACGACCAGGAAACUCAUGUACCAGACCAGGCAUCAGCAUAGGCACGUGUGCCUUUGUCUUCCCAGUUUGGUGCCUCGUUUUGCCGCGAGGUCGGCAUCCUGGCCAGAUGCCUCGUUCGCGCAGUUUGCGUGGCCCCUGCGGCAUGCGGUAUGCGUGUUUUUCUGUUGGCGUCGGCGGCGCUCCCAAGGGGGGAAGCGAACCAGGGGGCAGGCCUUCUGCGGAGGCGCGUGGCUUCUCAGGAGCCCCCUGACCUUCUGCUGAGUGUUCCGUGCCUGCGGGGAGAGUUUUUGCUCGAUAAUCUGCCAGGAGGCCCGAGGCUCUCCGAGCUCUGCGUCGCCCAGCGCGCUCCACCACUCGCAGAGGGCCCGCUCGCAGGCACCCGAGACGCACACGUGCUCGCAUCGUCGUGGCAGCGGCUCGUAGAGUCCCCCCCCCCCCCCGCGGCGGCUCCAGGCCACGUGCGAGCAGCUGCCAUGCGCGCAGUGGAGCGCGCCUGUCUUCUCUUCGGAGGGCCCGCCCCUUCUCGCUUUCCCCCCCGGGGGCUCGCCGACGGCGGUCGGCCUGCCAGGGGGGUGGUGCGCCAGCCACGGCGCCUCGCCGCCGUCCCCCCACCUGCUGCCGCCGCUGCGGGGAGCAGCGACCGCCUGGAGCGCGCAGCCCUGCCUCUUAUGAAGAAGAAGCAGCGUCGGGGGUGGACAGACCUCCUACCCUGACACGUCGAUUAGCGAAUUGUUGACGCUUCGCGAAUCCCCACCAGCCC